AUGCUCUGGGCGCUCUGGCCCAGGUGGCUGGCAAGCAAGGGGCUGCCCCUCCUGGGCGUGGUGCAGCUACAGAAGCGAGAGAAGAGGGGACCUCAGUGGAGGCAGUGGCGGCGGGAGACCCACCCCUACUAUGACCUCCAGGUGAAGGUGCUGAGAGCCAAAAAUAUCCAGGGCACAGACCUGCUGUCCAAAGCUGACUGCUAUGUGCAACUGUGGCUGCCCUCAGCAUCCCCCAGCGCCGCCCGGACCAGGGUGGUGGCCAACCGCAGGGACCCCGAGUGGAACGAGACCUUCCACUACCGGAUCCAUGGUGCCGUGAAGAAUGUCCUGGAGCUCACCCUCUAUGACAAGGACAUCCUGGAGAAUGACCAGCUCUCCCUGCUGCUGUUUGAUCUGAGGAGCCUCAAGCCAGGCCAACCACACAGACACACCUUCCCCCUCAGCCAGCAGGAUUCACACGAGCUGCAGGUGGAAUUUGUUUUGGAGAAGAGCCAGGUGCCUGCAUCUGAAGUCAUCACUAAUGGGGUACUGGUGGUUCAGCCAUGUUUGAGAAUCCAGGGCACCCUCGGGGGCGAGGGGACAGCCCCACAUCUAGAGCACAGCCCUAGGCAGAUUCAGCUGGCAGUGCCUGGAGCCUACGAGAAGCCCCAGCUCUUGCCCUUGCAGCCUCCCACGGAGACGGGCAUCCCAGCCACGUUCACCUUCCACGUGAACCCAGUACUCAGCUCCAGGCUGGAGGUGGACCCAGGAGAGAAGCUCAUGGUCCAGGGCGACUCGAGGGCCAAGGAGGAGGCCCAGACCAGCAAGCCUGGCAUCCUGCUCUCCUCUCUGGCCCUAGGCCAGGAGCAGCAGUGCGUCGUGGCCCUGGGGGAGGGCCAGGAGGUGGCCAUGAGGGUGAAGGCAGAGAUGAGCUCUGGGGACCUUGACCUGCGUCUCGGCUUCGACCUCUGUGAUGGGGAGAAGGAGUUUCUGGAGAAGAGGAAGUGGCUCGUGUCCAAGGCCUUUCAGCAGGCUUUGGGGUUGAGCCAGGCUCCCGACAGUAGCCAGGUGCCGGUGGUAGCCGUGCUGGGCUCCGGAGGUGGAACCCGAGCCAUGUCUUCUCUGUACGGCAGCCUGGCUGGGCUACAGGAGCUCGGCCUCUUGGACACUGUGACCUACCUGAGCGGCGUCUCUGGGUCCACCUGGUGCAUCUCCACACUCUACAAGGACCCAGCCUGGUCCCAGGUGGCCUUGCAGGGCCCUAUUGAGCGUGCCCAGGCUCGGGUGUGCAGCAGUAAGAUGGGAGCAAUGUCCACGGAGCGCCUGCAGUACUACGCCCAGGAACUGGGGAUCCGGGAAAGCAGCGGCCACAGCACUUCCCUCGUUGACCUCUGGGGCCUUCUCGUUGAAUAUUUCCUGUACCAGGAGGAAAAUCCUGCCAAGCUGUCCGACCAGAAGGAGGCAGUCAGCCAGGGCCAGAACCCUUACCCCAUCUACGCCAGCGUCAACGUCCGCAGCAACAUCAGUGGGGAGGACUUUGCAGAGUGGUGCGAGUUCACCCCCCAUGAGGUCGGCUUCCCCAAGUACGGCGCAUAUGUCCCCACCGAGCUCUUUGGCUCAGACUUCUUCAUGGGGCGACUGCUGCAGCUCCGGCCCGAGUCCCGGAUCUGCUACCUGCAGGGUAUGUGGGGCAGCGCCUUUGCAGCCAGCCUGGAUGAGAUCUUCCUGAAGACCGCUGGCCGGGGUCUCAGCUUCCUAGACUGGUGCAGAGACAGUGUGAAAAUCACAGAUGACUGCCAAGAGCUCCAGCUUCACGAUCCAGCGCGCCUGAGAACCAGGCUCUUCACCCCUCAGGGACCCUUCUAUCAGGUUGUACAGGACAUAUGCACCUCCCGGCUGACCUCAGCUGAGAACCCCAACUUCACCCAGGGCCUCCUCCUGCACGAGGACUAUGUGUCUGGCAGGGAAUUUGUGGCCUGGAAAGAUUUGCAUCCAGACGCCUUCCCCAACCAGCUCACUCCCAUGAGGGACUGUCUAAACCUGGUGGACGGAGGCUUUGCCAUCAACUCCCCAUUCCCGCUGAGCCUGCAGCCACAAAGAGCUGUGGACCUCAUUCUGUCCUUCGACUAUUCUCUGGAUGCCCCUUUUGAGGUCUUACAGAUGACAGAGAAGUACUGCCUGGACCGAGGCAUCUCCUUCCCUAGGAUUGAGGUGUCCCCGGAGGACAUGAAGGAACCCCAUGAGUGCUACCUGUUUGCCAAGGCUCAGGACCCAAGCUCACCCAUCAUACUGCACUUCCCCCUGGUCAACCGUACCUUCCGCACACACCUGGCCCCAGGUAUGGAGCGAAAAACGUCUGAGGAGAAGGCUGGUGGGGACUUUGUCAUCAAUGGGCCAGACACUCCCUAUGGCAUGAUGAACUUCACCUACGAGCCCCAAGAGUUUGAGCAGCUGGUGGCCCUGAGUCGAUACAACGUCCUGAACAAUGUGGAGACUGUGCGGAAGGCCCUCCAGCUGGCUCUCGACCGGCGACAGACUGGGGACAGGACUGGAGGCUGACCCAGGCUGGAGUUGGGGGACUGGGACAGAGGAGGGACCCUGGGCUCCAGACCAGGGCUGGGUAGGGGGAGGGGCAGUGGACCCUGCAGGUCUUCUGCUUCUCAUCUCUUUGGAACCUACACUGAGGUCCCCAGGCCCUGGGGAUGUUCCUCCAGGGUGCAGCCUGGGCUUUUUGGGGUUCCUUCUCCCCUGUGUUUCUAGAGGAGGUGGUGUGUCUCUGGGGGUGUGUGGACUUGGGGGUCCCUCCUCCCCUGUGUUUCUGGGAGGAGAUAGUGUGUCUCUUGGGGUGUGUGGACUUGGGUCCCCUUUCCCCUGUUUCUGGGAGGAGGUAGUGUGUCGGGGAAGGGGUAUGUGGCAGACGUGAGCAGUUCUCAUCUGACAUUAGACUGUGUGGAGGGACUCAGGCGACUGUCAUGGCCCAGGGCCCACGCCAAACACAGAAGGACUUCAGAGGGACCAGGUCUUCAGAUCCUCAACAGAAGGGGCACUGUGAGAGCUGAGUGCAGGUUACUGCCCUGAACUGAUAACAGAAGCAAAGAUGCAUCCAUCCAAUCCACACUUCCUGCAAACAGCCCCAGCCCUGACCAUCCCUCCACUCCCCACUGCAUCUGCAUGCUAAAGGCAUCCAGAAUAAAGGGGGACCACAUCA